CUUCAUCACCAUGUGUAUAUGAGAGUGUCAACGACAAGUCUACACAAAGGCUAAGAGGUCAACAAGACCACACAACACUUCUUACUAUUAGUUUGCGAAGGCUGUUCGUUGGAGAUUUCCUUCUCUCUCCUCAUCUCUUCUUCUUCUUCUUCUUCUUCUUCUCCGCUCUAUAAACUCUCAUCUUUCACAUCUUUAUUUCCUUACAUUCUUCAAACCCAAAAAUUUCAUCACAUUAUAUUUCUCUCAAUUUUUUUUCUUCUUAACCUCAAUUAUUAAUGGAUAACACUACUGACCGCCGUCGUCGUCGUAAGCAACACAAAAUCCCCUUCCAUGAUUCUGAAGAAGUAAGCAGUAUCGAGUGGGAGUUUAUCAAUAUGACUGCACAAGAAGAAGAUCUCAUCUUCCGAAUGUACAGACUUGUCGGUGAUAGGUGGGAUUUAAUAGCAGGAAGAAUUCCAGGAAGACAGCCAGAGGAGAUAGAGAGAUAUUGGAUAAUGAGAAACAGUGAAGGCUUUGCUGAGAAACGACGCCAACUUCACUCAUCUUCUUCCCACAAACAUACCAAACCUCUGCGUCCUCGUUUUUCUAUUUAUCCAUCUAAUUAGAGAAUUUUAAAUUUUAUUUUGUUUUUAUUAAGCCCCACCACCACCCAAACGAGAAAAUGAAACCUAAAAAAAAUAAAUAAUAGAUGUAUAGUAGUGGUUCUUGUUAGUUUGAAGGAUUAGCAUCUAUUGUUUUCUUUUUGUUUGUGUUUUUUUUUUCUUUUAAAAAUUAUAAUGUAGGUUUCAAUUGGUA